CUAUAACUAAUUCAUAUAAAAGACGAUCAAAACCCAAUAAUUUUAUUGUUCUUUGUCGUCCUAGCUAUCUUCCCUUUGUUAUCACUAUUCCCCUUUCUCCUCUUCAUCAAUUCUUCAACCUUGAUCCAUUUUAUUCUUCUUUUCCUUUCUUUGUUCUUGGGGUAUAUUAUUUAGUUAGUAGAAAAAGAGUACUUGAGAAAGAAAAAGAAAAGAAAAUGUCAAUGGACUUGACAUCUGAACGUGUUUGGUACGUUCACUGCAACUUCUGCAACACCAUUUUAGCGGUUAGUGUUCCAAGCAACAGCAUGUUCAAUCUGGUGACUGUUAGAUGUGGGCAUUGUGCCAAUCUGCUGUCUGUAAAUAUGGGAAACUCUCUUCAAACAGUUCCCAUUCAAGCUACUCUGAUAGCCACUCAGGAAGAUAAUUCAAAUAAGGAAUGUGGGUCGUCUUCCAAAUGCAACAAGUUUUCUGCAGAGCAUGAACCUACUAGAAUGCCCCCUAUUCACCCACCUGAGAAGAGACAACGUGUUCCUUCUGCGUAUAACAGGUUCAUUAAAGAGGAAAUCCAAAGGGUCAAGGCUACUAAUCCAGACAUCAGCCACAAGGAAGCUUUCAGCACAGCAGCAAAAAAUUGGGCACAUUUUCCUCACAUUCACUUUGGGUUAAAGCCAGAUGGAAAUAAGCAAGCAAAACCUGACCAGGGAUUUGCAGAUCAGGCUCCUCAAAAUUCUAAUGGGUACCACUGAAACACAAUGCCAUCCCUCUGAGUAGAAGCCACUCAUUAUCAUCAUCAUCAUCAUCAUCAUAUCAUACGUUUUACUACUAAAUGUGUGUUGCUUUUCCACAUUUUAUCCAUUAGACGUAGUUUCUUCCUACUCUUAGUGAUUGCAUUUAUAUGUGUUUAUUUCGGAUCAUAUUUUCAAGUAAACAUUUCCCAUGGAAUUAUUAUAUUAA